GAAUUUUUGAAGUCCAAGUAAGCGGACGUGUUCCCCAAAAUAUAAACUAAGAGGAAAUUGGAAUAAAGCUAAACAAAACCAAGCAGCAAUUGAAAAAUAACAAAGAAAAAGAAAAUAAGUAAAGAAUAAACAACAAUUACACUAUAAACAAAAAAUUUUGACUCGCAAAAAUGUCUCAAAAACGAGUUACCUUGACCACAACACGCGUGUCGCGCGCUUCCAACUCUGCAGGGCAGGGUGGCAAUCGCUUGGGGGCCGCUAGUCCCACCAGCCCAACACGCACCAGCCGCCUACAGGAGAAGGAAGAGUUGCAGCAUUUGAACGAUCGUUUGGCAUGUUACAUCGAUCGCAUGCGUCACCUGGAAAAUGAGAAUAAUCGUUUGACCCAAGAGCUGCAGAUGGCACAAGACAAUGUCACCCGCGAGGUUUCCAACAUCAAGGCUUUGUACGAAAAGGAAUUGGCCGCUGCCCGCAAACUAUUGGACGAGACCUCCAGAGAAAAGGCCAAAUUGGAAAUUGACAUUAAACGCUUGUGGGAGGAGAACGAUGAAUUGAAGCAAAAAUUGGACAAGAAGACCAAAGAGUGCGCCGUGGCCGAAAACAGUGCCCGCGUCUAUGAGAGUCGCUUCAACGAGAUCAAUGGCAAAUACAAUCAAGCUUUGGCCGACCGCAAGAAGGCCGAUGAUUUGGCGAAGGAUUUGGCCGCCGAAAAUGCUCGCCUACUGAAGCAAUUGGAAGAUUUGCGCAAACAGUUGGAGGCCGAAACAUUGGCUCGCGUCGAUUUGGAGAAUCAAAACCAGAGCUUGCGCGAGGAGCUGAGCUUCAAGGAUCAAAUUCAUGUGCGCGAACUUACCGAGACCCGCUCUCGUCGUCAAAUUGAGAUCAGCGAAUUGGAUGGUCGUUUGUCCAAGGAAUAUGAGGCUAAGCUGCAACAGUCCCUGCAAGAACUGCGCGACCAAUACGAGUCGCAAAUGCGAGUCAAUCGCGAGGAAAUUGAGCUGUUGUAUGACAACGAAAUUAAGAAUCUCCAGGCUGCAGCCAAUCGUGCCAAUAAUGCCUCGGCUCAUGUCCAUGAAGAGCUGAGAAUGAUGCGCUCCAAGAUUGAUGGCAUGAACAACAAAAUUCAAGAUUUGGAGGCCACUAAUUCGGCCCUUAAUGCCCGCAUUCGAGAGCUUGAAGACUUGCUGGACAGUGAACGUGCCCGUCACAACCAAUAUGUGGCCUCUUUGGAAGCCGAAUUGCAACGCAUGCGUGAUGAAAUGGCCCAUCAGUUGCAAGAAUAUCAGGAUCUUAUGGACAUUAAGGUCUCUCUGGAUCUGGAAAUUGCUGCCUAUGACAAACUGUUGGGUGGUGAGGAGAAACGCCUCAACAUUACCUCUCCCGAUCGCAGCACCAGCUCACGCAACACCUCCCAAGUUGAUUCGGGCUAUUCCAAUGGCACCCAUCUGUCUGUAAGCUCCAGCUCGGCCUAUCGUUCCUCGGGCCGUGUUACCCCCAGCGGUCGUCGCUCGGCCACUCCGGGGGCUGGUGCCGGUGGUAGUGCUGUAAAACGCCGCCGUACCGUUAUCGAUGAAUCUGAGGACCGCAGUUUGGCCGAUUUCACAGUGAACUCUGCCGCCAAGGGAGACUUGCAAAUUUUGGAGGCCGACAGCGAAGGCCGCUACAUUAAAUUGCACAACAAAGGUACCGAUGAAAUCAAUCUCACCGGCUGGCAAUUGACUCGCAUCGCCGGCGAUGAAGAGUUGGCUUUCAAGUUUACCCGUGGCACCAAAGUCACUGCCGGCCAAACAGUAACCAUUUGGUCUGUGGAUGCCGGCGCCACCCAUGACCCACCCAGCAACAUGGUCAUGAAAAAGAAAUGGCCCGUGGCCGAUUCCAUGCGCAGCAUUUUGUCCAAUGCCGACAAAGAGGUGAGGUUACUCUCGAUUUACAACACUUGUAGCAAAUGUAAAAUAUGUCGUCACUGUCACCAUCUUGAGUUUGCCUUAGAUCAGAUGUUGCCAGCUACGAGCGUGUCCGUUCUAACAUUUCCAGCCAUGCGUCGAGGCAUAGGCAGAGCAGCAGUGGUUUCACCCUAGGCUCCGGCAGCACUUCCACCGGUGUGAGAAGUUUGUUCUCUUUGCUCUUCUAAAUGGGGCGUUACUAUGCUACUCGCCAGGAUAAUGAACAAAAUUAGCAAGAUACAACAAAGAAAUCAAAUCAAAUCACACACAGACACUUAAGCGUAUACAUAUACAAAUCCAUAGAGUAUAGGCAAAUGAAAAUGGAAGCCAGCCAGGACGGACGGACGGACGAACGGUGUAACGGACAGACUAAACCAAUGUAUGGACGGAUGAACGGACGGACGUACGGACGGUUCGCCAAAAGCAUAUCAGUGUCAAUCAAAACGAAUCUUUGGAGGUGAAUAGGAUAUUGCCAAUCCUACUGCCUCCUAAGGGUUCAUCACAUCCACUCUCGUAUACUUUACAUUUAGGAAUCCUCGGGGAUGUCCUACCACUGUUUUUCUCAGUUACAUACAUAUCAUGAGACUUUUUUUUACAACUUUUUAUAAUUUUCUCUAGUUUUUUUUUUUUUGGUAAAGUUAAAAAUUUUUUUUUAAUAAUUAAUUUGUAAAAAACGUACAGACCACACAAAACAAAAAACAAAAAGAAAAGGAUACUGGGUAUUCUUUGAGAAGACGUAAGUAUAAAUAAAUGAGUUUUUCUAAUUUUAAAUAAUUUUAUGACAAACAAAAAAAAAGCAAAAACAAAAAAAAAGUAAAAUUUAUUUGUAUUUUGUUGUGUUUUACUAUUGCUCGCUUAUUUUGAAUGAUUCCUAAACAAACAGACACUUAGUAUUUAAAAAUGUUACAACAAGAAACUAUGUUCAAAUCUCACAAGAUGUACUCUGGUGCAGAUAGGCCACACAAGGCCAGGCAACAGGAUCCAGAGAAUGCCUUACAAAAAUAUUGUACUUAGCUUUAGGGCCUGUUAGGAAGGGAGUUUCUACGGAAAUGGCCACACUCUAGCCCAAGGGCGAUCACAAUGGAUAUCAAAUCAAAAUAAUCACCUAUGUGUAUUCUCAAUGUAUUUGCAUUUAAGAAAAUAAAAUUCAAUUCCAACACUGUUAUAAA